AAUCUGACCGACAAGAAUCCAGGCGAGGCCCUUCGAUAUCGACAGGGAAGAGCUGAGAGUUCACGCACAGAGAGAUGAAACUAACAUGGAAGAAGGACAAUAAGAGCAAGAAACGCCCUUUGGCAGCCAUAUCAAAGUACCCAAAUCUACCUUUUGAUCAGCAAGAUACUGAAGAUUCUAUAGAAAUUGGAGAUAAGGAUGGGGAGCAUAGUUAUAAAGAGCAUGGGGUUGCCUCUCACGAGCCCUUGAAUUCACAAUCCGAUAGGCAACUUGCUGAGUCCUUUCAAGCCCAAGGGAAUAAGCUAGCCGAGGAUGGAAAAUAUCGUGAAGCACUUGGGAAGUGGGAGGCUGCUCUUAAUUUGAUGCCUGAAAGUGCCGUCUUGCAUGAACAAAAGGCACAAGUUUUACUUGAAAUUGGAGAUGCAUGGAAUGCAUUGAAGGCUGCAAAUCGAGCUACUGAGUUGGAACCUUCCUGGGCUGAGGCAUGGAUCACCCUUGGUAGAGCACAGUUAAACUUUGGGGAGCCCGAUAGUGCCAUUGAAAGCUUUGACAAAGCACUGGCCAUAAAGCCCGAUUCUGAGGAGGCUCAAGAUGACAGGCAUACUGCACUACUUCUUGUAAAGAGGCGGAAGCAGCUUCAUUCAUCCGGCUUGAAUACUGAUAAAAGUCGUUUUGUGGUUGGUGACAAGGCUGAGACUUCCUGAAAAUUAAGUCCAAGUCGACUCAAGGCACUAGUUUAAGGCUGAAGCAUAAUGUCGAGAUUUUGGCAGCUGUAAAAUAUUGAGAAAGAAGGAAACUGGUUGAAAAAGGGAUACUAGAUCAUUUAUUCUUGAUGGUAGAAAUGGGGUAAUGUGUUGUAAUCUUUGUUAUAGAGAUGUGCUACAUGGUAGAAAUGGGGUAAUGUGCCUAGCCAAGCUUAGGUGAAUGCCUACAGUCGAUGUAUUUAUUUUGAUCUUUUCAUACAUGAAAGGACAAGAAUUAACACAAAUAUUACAAAAAUUCAGAAAGA